AUGCGACGGCUGCUGCAGACCCUCUGCCUGCUGCUGCUGCUGCCCUCACACCAUGGAGCUGUCAUCACAGGGGCCUGCGAGCGGGACCCGCAGUGCGGCAGCGGGACGUGCUGUGCUGUCAGCCUCUGGCUGCGGGGUCUGAGGAUGUGCACCCCGCUGGGGCAGGAGGGGGACGAGUGCCAUCCCUUCAGCCACAAGGUCCCAUUCCUGGGGAAGCGCCAGCAUCACACCUGCCCCUGUUUGCCCAACUUCAGCUGCUCCAGGUUCCUCGAUGGCCGCUAUCGCUGCUCGCUCGACUUCAAGAACUUCGACUUUUAG